AUGCAUUCACCCUUGGUGCGUGAUGAGCGGUCUGAGUUUCAUCGUUGCAGGUCUGCCCUUGCACUUUCCAGCAAUCGUCGAGCACAUGCCAGAAAUACGUUCAUUAAUUUCGUACCACAGCAAGAGGCCUGGGUUGUGGAACGCAUGGGAAAGUUCUACAAAAUUCUCGAACCGGGUUUUAAUGUGCUGAUUCCAAUCAUAGACAGGAUAAGAUUCGUGCAAAGUCUCCGAGAAAUCGCUAUUGAAAUACCCCAACAAGGGGCGAUAACGCUGGAUAACGUGCAACUUCAGCUCGAUGGAGUGCUGUACUUGAAGGUUUUUAACCCUUACAGGGCUUCGUACGGCGUCGAUGAUCCGGAGUUCGCCGUCACUCAGUUAGCUCAAACUACUAUGCGGUCCGAGGUUGGAAAGAUCAGUCUCGAUACCGUCUUCAGAGAGAGGGAACAACUGAAUGUAAACAUAGUCACAGCCAUAAACAAAGCAGCUGAACCUUGGGGAAUCAAGUGCAUGCGCUAUGAGAUCAGGGACAUGCAUAUGCCAACGAAGAUUCAGGAGGCUAUGCAAAUGCAGGUGGAAGCAGAGCGAAAGAAACGCGCAGCAAUUUUGGAAUCUGAGGGCCAUAGAGAAGCGGCAAUAAAUAGAGCAGAAGGAGAUAAAAGAGCGGUUAUUUUAGCUUCUGAGGCAAAGGAAGCCGAACAGGCAUGUCGCUUCCAUAGCAUCAAUGUCGCACGAGGUUAUGCUGAAGCCAUUCGGAUAAAUGCCGAGGCUAAGGCAGAAGCUAUCGAAAGAGUUGCGAAAGCUCUCAGUCAAAAGGGAGGAGAUGAAGCUGCCAGUCUCACUGUUGCACAGCAGUACGUCACAGCAUUUGAGAAGCUCGCCAAAGAUUCGAAUACGGUCCUUUUGCCCGCGAAUCUCAGCGAACCAAGUUCUAUGAUUGCCCAGGCUCUUUCGCUAUAUGAAAGUAUAGGGGUAAAGUCAAAACAACAAUGA